AUGGGGUAUGGCAGUGAUCAGGUUACUGGUAUGGGGUAUGGCAGUGAUCAGGAUGCUGGUAUGGAGUAUGGCAGUGAUCAGGACGCUGGUAUGCGGUAUGGCAGUGAUCAGGACGCUGGUAUUCGGUAUGGCAGUAAUCAGGAUGCUGGUAUGCGGUAUGGCAGUGAUCAGGACGCUGGUAUUCGGUAUGGCAGUGAUCAGGAUGCUGGUAUUUGGUAUGGCAGUGAUCAGGACACUGGUAUGCAUUAUGGCAGUGAUCAGGAUGCUGGUAUGGGGUAUGGCAGUGAUCAGGACGCUGGUAUG